GUGGUGGGAUAUUGAGAGGAGAGGGGAGAUCGAGAGAGGAUAGAAGGUAAAGGAGAGAUUUGGGAAAUGCAUGUGAUAGUGUGUCUAUGGACGAAAUUGGGUUGGAACGUUAAUUGAGAUAAUGGUAACGGGAUUUAUUUUCUGGCUGAUUGGAUGGGAGGUAGAUCGAGUUGGAUUUGUUUGGGUUCUGGACUGUAGUCUAUAGAAGAGAGGGGCAGAUAUGUAAGUACAUCUAAGAAUAGCAAACCAGUGAUUUUAUUCCCUUCCUAUAGAUAACCUUAUGGCUACAUCGGGAGUUGAGCAUGGAGAUCUGUUAUAUCCCGCCGCCUUCUUCUUUGGGGUGAUAUGAUGUGGUACUGACUUGAACCACGAUAUCAAUCUCCUCCUCGCCGAGCCACCACCCCAUGAAUUAAGAAGGAGAUAAGCUGUCUUCUUCAACUGACACCAUGAAGCUAUUGAGGGCCCCAAAAAAGGAAAGUGAUAAUUCUCAAAUCCAAAGAUUUGAGGAUCCACAAAUCGAGCUCCUCAUGAAUAUAAAUCUGAAGCCAUCACCACUUUCUCAGUCUCAUCAGCACUUCCAAUCCACUCCUCCAUCUCCAGUAUCCUCCUAACACUGUACGACUCUGUACCACCGCACCUUCGCAAUGGCACCAAUUCUCAACUUCGCGCUCGCUCUUGCGAUGCCCAUCCUUUCAUUGGCUGCUGCCCUUCCAACCGGAGCUGAGCUUGAAAACCGUGCUACUACUCUCGGAGGAACUCCUGAUAUUGUCGGAGGAACCACCGCUGCUCUUGGUGAAUUCCCCUACAUUGUCAGCUUGUCCUACAGUGGCUCUCACUUCUGUGGUGGUGUCUUGCUCAACGCCUACACCGUUCUCACUGCAGCCCAUUGCUCUGUCAGCUACUCGGCUUCCUCAGUUAAAGUUCGUGCGGGAACUUUGACCUGGGCAUCCGGCGGAACCCAAGUUGGUGUUAGCAAGGUUGUAGUCCACCCAUCCUACAGUUCCUCCACCACCAACAACGACAUUGCGCUCUGGCAUUUGUCGACUGCUCUCCCAGCCAGCUCCACCAUCGGCUACGCCAAGUUGCCCGCUCAAGGCUCCGAUCCCGUUGUUGGUUCUACCACCACCGUUGCAGGAUGGGGUCUUUUGACUGAGAACGGAUCUACAUUGCCAUCAACUUUGAGAAAGGUCUCGGUUCCAGUUAUCUCCCGUGCUUCUUGCCAAGCUGAGUAUGGUACAUCUUCCGUUACCACCAACAUGUGGUGUGCAGGAUAUGCUGCAGGUGGCAAGGAUUCCUGCUCUGGCGACUCUGGUGGACCAAUCAUCGAUGCUGCCACUGGUGUUUUGGAGGGUACUGUCUCCUGGGGUCAAGGUUGUGCUGAGGCUGGUUACGCUGGUGUCUACGCCAGAGUUGGUAACUAUGUUACUUACAUCAACUCCAACCUCUGGACCAGUUUGUAAAUAUGGAGAAGAUGAUAUAGUGGAAUGUUGAGAGGAGGAAUAUGGGCGGGCAAAAGUUGGUAGCAUGGAAGGUAGGAUAGAGAUGGGUGGUGGAGCAGCUAUAGUAUGAUGAGUUAGGCUUAGUCUAGGGAAUUUUAUUUUGCUGUCCCAAUUUUACAUACUUUCAGUGAGAAUCGGCCACCUUG